AUGAUGACCGAAAUGGAGGUGAUGCAUUCCGGACAGCAGGACAUGGAACUGAUCGACAUUCUGUGGAGGCAGGACAUUGAUCUGGGGGCGCGGCGUGAGGUGUUUGACUAUAGCCACCGUCAGAAGGCGCACGAGCUGCAGAGGCAGCAGGAGCUAGCGGAGGAGAAGAGGCUGCACCUACUCCGUGAGCAGGAAAAGGCUCUCCUGGCACAGUUGCAGCUUGACGAGGAGACGGGGGAGUAUGUGCCACGGCUGUUACCCAGCGCACCACUGCAGUCAACUUCCGUGCCAUUGGAGGUUGCACAGGAUGUCAGCUUUACACAGCAGAGUGCUGAGACGUUGUCAUUUGAUGAAUGCUUGCAACUCCUCGCAGAGACGUUUCCAGUCGAGGAAAAUGAGGAUGUGCCUGUUGGCCUGGAAACGAGUGCCAGCAGCUGCAGCGUUUUGACAUCCCCCGAGCAGCCACCUUUGGCCCCUCUAACACUUUCACCAGAUCCUCUGACAGCACCCCAGUCACAGAAGGAGUCUCUGGAUAUCGAGCAGGCUUGGAUGGAGCUGCUGUCACUUCCUGAGCUGCAGCAAUGCCUGACCCUACAAAUAGAAGAGGCACUAGAGACGACGGGCUACCCCCUUCUAAACAGCACUGAAGCAAAGGAUCCAAACUACUCCCUUUAUCCCAUGUCCAGUCCAGGGAAAGAGAAGAACACUUUAAAUAUGUGUCCUACAGUUUUUAUAAAUACAUUUGAUAGCUCAGUUCCCAACAUCACCCCAGCAGACAAUGCAAACCAAAUCAAAUCAGAAGUUCCCCAGUUAAACACUCAUUUCAACCUUAAUAGCUUUUGCAACACAUUUUACCCUGACCCCAUAACGGAGGGGAGCAGCAGUCAACAGGAUCUUGAAGAAAAAAAAUGCAAUAUUGUGUCCGAUGUUCACACUUUGUACAGCCUCUCACCUGAUACAUUUGAGCGGGGAAGAUGCAAUGUGCCUGCAGAAGUGCCUGACUUAGACUCUGGACUCUCCUCAAGUCCCCACGCAUGCUCACCUGGGAAAUCUCUGUAUGGCGAUGAGGGUUUCGACGGUAGUGAUUCUGAGAUGGAUGAGAUGGAACAGAACCCUGGCAGUGCAAAAUCUGACUACUCUGAAAUGUUCUCAUUGAAUUUUCAACCUGAUGAUGAUCAACGAGUCUUUCCUUUGUCCACAUUAACGGGCCACUUGCAGAGCCAGGAAGAUGAGCCAACAGGACAAAUGACAGAUCUGUCAGAGGACAACGGGCACUGUUCCUCACCUUUCACUAAAGACAAACGCAAGAGAGGGUCAGAUUCUCGUCUCUCUAGAGACGAACAGAGGGCUAAGGCCCUCAAGAUCCCCUUCAGCAUCGACAUGAUCAUAAACCUGCCUGUUGACGACUACAAUGAGCUAAUCUCAAAGAACCAGCUGAAUGAGACCCAGUUGGCCCUGGUUCGGGACAUCCGCCGCCGUGGCAAGAACAAGGUGGCGGCACAGAACUGCCGCAAGCGCAAAAUGGAGAACAUCGUGGGGCUGGAGAACGAUUUGGACUCGCUCAAAGAGGAGAAAGUACGUCUGCUGGGUGAGAAGUCCCGCAAUGUGAGCAGCCUGAGAGAGAUGAAGAGAAAGCUGAACAGCCUGUACCUGGACGUGUUCAGCAUGUUGAAGGACGAGGAUGGCAACUCCAUCUCCCCAUCAGACUUCUCGCUGCAGCAGUCCACUGAAGGUAGCGUCUUCCUCGUUCCUCGUACUAAAAAGACUAUCAAAAGCUAA